AUGCCGGGGGCGGUGAGCGCGGGGCCCCGCGGGCUGGGGUCGCCGCCGCGGCGAGGCGCCCCCCGCACCAAGCCCAGGGCGGGCCGAGGCCGGAGCGCGGGGACCCCGGUCGCCUUCGCCCGCCCCGCCCGGGGAAGGCCGCGCUCAAGAAGUGGCCCCACGUCUAAGGGCCGGCGAGGAGCGGUGACCACGGCACCUGAGGACAGAGCUCUGCCUUCCAGGGACACAGCCGCCCUCCGGGAGAGGAGGCCCAAGCAGGAGGCGGCCGGGACAGGAAUUGAACUGCGAGCCACGUCCCAGAGCCCGCUGACGUUCGGCGAUGUGGCGGUGGAGUUCUCCGGGGAGGAGUGGGCCUGGCUGGACUCGGCCCAGAGGAGCCUGCACCGGAGCGUGAUGCUGGAGAACUACAGGAACCUGGCCUCGCUGGGGCUUUGCAUGUCUAAGCCCGAGAUGAUCUCGUCGUUGGAACAGAGGAAGGAGCCCUGGGCUGUGAAGAGAAAGUCGACCAGAGGCAGGUGCCCAGACUCGCAGAUUCCGCUGAAGACCCAGGAGUUGCCUUCAGAGAAGAACUUCAGUGAAGAGGCGCUGUCCCAGGAGGUGCACACGGAGAGACCUACGGAGCGUGCCGUCCUCGGGGAAGGCUGGGCUUACGCCGCUGUGUGUGAGGGGGCACCAGGCAUGGUGGCCGUCACGGACGUGGCCUCAGACGUCUCGCAGCAGCCAGACCCCGCUGCGGAGAGCUUCCUUAGGAGCGUGGUGUGGCAGCACCGCCGUCCGGGGACAGGAGGCCAGCAGUCUAUACAGGAGACCCAGGAAUUACUUCCAAAGCAGAGUUCCUUUGCUGAAGUGGUGACAGACAGAACUUGGGACACUAACGUAGAGCGUUCCACGCCCAGUGGAAACUGGGACGCUGAGGGUCUGUUUGAAAGGAAACUGGCAGGUCAGGAGACAGUGCUCAGGCAGGAGGCAGUCGCUUGCCACAAAACCCUCUCUGAGGGGAGAGAGUGUCCGUAUAACAGACCAGAAAGGUGGUUCCACCUGGACGUCUCAGAAGAGCGGGUCCACAGCCGUGACUCAGUUAAGAAAGCUUUGACCCCAAACUCAGUGCUGAUAAAACAUGCAGGAAUCUACGCAGGGAAAAAACUCUUCAAAUGUCACGAAUGCAAGAAAACCUUCACGCAGAGCUCGUCCCUCACCGUCCACCAGAGGAUCCACACGGGCGAGAAGCCCUACAAGUGUAAGGAGUGCGGCAAGGCCUUCAGCGACGGCUCGUCCUUCGCCCGCCACCAGCGGUGCCACUCGGGCAAGAAGCCCUACGAGUGCCUGGACUGCGGGAAGGCCUUCAUCCAGAACACGUCGCUCGUCCGCCACUGGAGGUACUACCACACCGGGGAAAAGCCCUUCGACUGCCUGGACUGCGGGAAAGCCUUCAGCGACCACAUCGGGCUGAACCAGCACCGGCGGAUCCACACCGGCGAGAAGCCCUACAGGUGCGAGGCCUGCGGCAAGUCCUUCCGCUACGGCUCGUCGCUGACCGUGCACCAGCGCAUCCACACCGGCGAGAAGCCCUACGCCUGCGAGGUGUGCCGCAAGGCCUUCAGCCACCACGCCUCCCUGACCCAGCACCAGCGCGUGCACUCGGGGGAGAAGCCCUUCCAGUGCAAGGAGUGCGGGAAGGCCUUCCGGCAGAACAUCCACCUGGCCAGCCACCUGCGGAUCCACACCGGGGAGAAGCCCUUCGAGUGCGCGGACUGCGGCAAGGCCUUCAGCAUCAGCUCGCAGCUGGCCACCCACCAGCGGAUCCACACGGGGGAGAAGCCCUACGCCUGCAAGGUGUGCGGCAAGGCCUUCACGCAGAAGGCCCACCUGGCGCAGCAUCAGAAGACCCACACGGGGGAGAAGCCCUACGCCUGCAAGGAGUGCGGCAAGGCCUUCAGCCAGACCACGCACCUGGCCCAGCACCAGCGCGUCCACACCGGGGAGAAGCCCUACAAGUGCCUGCAGUGCGGGAAGGCCUUCGGCGACAACUCGUCCUGCACCCAGCACCAGAGGCUUCACACGGGCCAGCGGCCCUACGGCUGCGCGGAGUGCGGCAAGGCCUUCAAGACCAAGUCGUCCCUCAUCUGCCACCGCCGGAGCCACACCGGCGAGAAGCCCUACGAGUGCGGCGCCUGCGGCAAGGCCUUCAGCCACCGGCAGUCCCUCAGCGUCCACCAGAGGAUCCACUCCGGGAAGAAGCCCUACGAGUGCAAGGAGUGCCGGAAGACCUUCAUCCAGAUCGGCCACCUCAACCAGCACAAGAGGGUGCACUCGGGGGAGAGGCCGCGCGGCCCCAGGAGGAGCCGCAGGGCCUUCCGGCAGGGCUCGCACUGCGCGCACGCGCGGACGCUCCCGGGAGAGGCGCCCGCGCAGCCCGCGCCCGCCGCCAGCCCCGCGGGCCUCCUGCCCGCCUUCCUCUGGAGCCCGCCCUCCCUGCCGUCCUGAGACGCCGCGGCCGCGCCUAAGCCCCGCGCCCCUCUUCCCCGAGGACUGCCCCGUUCCUGCCGUUCCCUCCUCAGGCUGCCGGUUAAAGUGAGCGCGGAACUCGCUACUCCUCACGCAAAAACCGGGGGUGCGACCCUUCCGAUCGGUGAACGUGUAAGGUGUGUGUAGCGCGAGGAGUGGUCCGUGCUAAGGGUUGAGUGCGGUUAGCUCUUCAUAGAACGUUGUUUUGGGACGCGGAAAAGUCACCACUGGCAGCUGAGGAAAAACGGUGCACAGAACGAAGCUAAGAGAAGCCGGCUUUUAGGUCAGGAAAGGGCGAUUCAACAUAGCGAGGCUUUUCCGGUUUCGGUUUAAAACUCAGUUCCACAAUGUUGAGUUCGUAUUGGGGCUUGUCAUUUAUCUGCCGGUGUGGUGCUGUGACGUUGGUAAGAGAAUUGCUUUACAUUCAGCAAGACUUGAUCAUUUAAAGUCACCAGGGCUUGUGGGUGAAUUCCAUUAAACUCAAGGAACCGCUAACCUUCAGGCAAAUUGAUCUGGACCAUGUGACUCACGGCCCAAGUUUCACUGACUGUUCGAACAGCCCAUGGCCUAAUUUUUAAAAAUCAGUUUAACGGAGGAACAAGUGAGAAGAAUAAUAGUUUAUGACAACAUGAAAGUUACAUGAAACUUAAAUUU